AUGGCAAUACUACCAGCAAAAACCCAAAGUAAAGCUGCCAAACAACAUGCUACCGGUGCACGAUUCCGACAGCGGAAAAUAUCAGUUAAACAACCAUUGACAAUAUAUAAACAACGCGAUUUACCUUCCCUAGACAAUGAAUUGGAACCAAGUCAAGUACAUCAUUUAAGUGCAUCUUCAAACGGAACACAACCACCACGAGAUUUACAUUCUAUAGAAACUGGGGUUGAUAAAAAUGAAGAAGAUGAAGUCCAUUUACAACAAGUCAUCAAUGCUGCCCAGAAAGCAUUAAUGGGCUCAAAGACUUCAGGUGAUGAUUCUUCUUCUAAAAAAGAAGAUAUACCCGUGAAUGUAUAUAUCCCAACACCAGAUGCAUCAAGAUUAUGGCCAGAAGCUCAUAAAUAUUAUAAUGAUCAGAAAUUUAAAGAACCAAAAUCUAAUAUAAAGUUCAGUGCAACAGUAGAGGAUACUGUUGGUGUUGAAUAUAAUAUGGAUGAAAUAGAUGAAGAAUUCUUUAAAGAUGUAUUGACGAAAUCUUAUCCAAAAGUUCCCAAUGCAAAAAAGAAUAAACUGGAUGAAAAUACCAGGAAAUGUACAGAACUAGAAUUUGAAACUAUUUGUGAUCGAUUGGAAAAAACUAUAGAAUCGAGACAACCAUUCUUAUCGAUGGAUCCAACCAAUAUUUUGUCUUAUGAAGAAUUAUCCACAUAUAUAAUAGAUCAAUUUAAAAAUUCAGCAAAGACAAGUAAUCCAUAUGUUGUUUCUAAUGGUGGUAAUAUUGAAUAUCUUUCUACAACUACCUUGAAAGAACGAUUAUCCAAAGAAUUGAAUUAUGAACCAUUUGUCACAUUAUUUGAUAAAAACCCAUUGGCAGGUGAAUCCCCAACAACUUCAGUAAGACCAAUACCGAAAUUAUUUGAAUUGUUUGGUAAACCAAUCUAUGAGCAUUGGAAAGAAAGAAAGAUUGAACGAAAGGGGAAAUCAAUUCAACCAAUGCUUAAAUUUGAAGAUCCUAAUGCUAAUGAAAAAGAUAACGAUAGUGAUCCAUAUGUUUGUUUCAGAAGACGUGAAUUUAGACAAGCUCGUAAAACAAGACGUGCAGAUACUUUGGGUGCAGAACGUAUAAGAAUGCUUCAAAAAUCAUUGCAUAGAGCUCGUGAUUUAGUCAUGUGUGUAAAUAAACGUGAACUUUUAAAGUUGGAAAAUUUGGAAUCAGAAAUUGAAAUCUUUAAAUUACGUUGUGAAGGUAAGAAUUUGAAACGUGCUGUUGGUAUUAAAGGUGAUGAUUAUUUAUAUUAUCCUCACAAAAGAAAGAAGAUUGUCAAACCAAAAGAAGACGAAGAAGAAAAGGAAAUCAAAAGAAAGGAAAGGAGAAAGCAAGAAGCCAAUGCGGCUGCUGCAGCUGCUGCUCCUGCUGCUGUUUCCAAAGACAAACCACAAUCUGUACAACAACAAGCUCAAGAUGCUACUUCUACCAGUCAAGCAUAUGUCAAAUUACCACCUUCUAAGAUUCCAGAUAUGGAACUUGUUACUGUUUCAUUGGUAUUGAAAGAAAAGAAUGAAACUAUUAAACGAGCAGUAUUGGAAAAAUUACGGAAAAGAAAAGAACAAGACAAAGGAUUUGUUAAUCUUACUAAUGACCCAUAUGAACCUCAUUUUGAUAUUUCUACAAAUAAUAAUGCUACCGAAUUAAGUCAUAUUCCUUAUUCAUCUAUUGCUGCCACUAAUUUCCAUCAAAUCAAUACCUCAAAUUAUAUUGGUGAACAUUUGAAGAAAUUAUUAGAAGAAGGAAAACCAUUACCUGGUGUUCGAACAUUCAGAGGUUCCAAUGGUGAAUUAAUUCCAACUAAAGCAUUCCCCCAUCUUCUGACAUUAUUACAAGAGAGUAUUGAUAGUAGUAAAUAUAACUCAUCAAGUUAUAUUGCUCAGCUAUUACAAAAUAUAGAAACUAAUAAUUUUAAUGCUUAUAAUAAUGGAUAUGGAUAUCAACAAAGACGACAACGUACUAAUGAAUUUGAUGAAGAAGACAAAUUAUCAGAUCCAAUUGCAAGGUUGCGUAAGAGAGCUUCAAGAAAUAAUCGAGUUUUCAUUGAUAGAAGAGGAUUGAUUUCUAGACCUGAUGAUGUUUUAGAUGAAUUUAUGAGUUUUUCCGAUGAAGAAAAUGAAGAAGGGAAAUCAAAAAUCCCAAAUGUUUAUGAUUGUAGAAGAGAUGUUGUCAAGAGAUUGGAUUCCAAUUGGCUGUUUGAUAAUGAUUUAUCCGAUUAUCAAAAUGGUGCUAUUGAACCAUUCAGUUUAGAUCCUUCAAAACUUAAUUGCAUAAGUGAUGAGACUCAAUCAAUACGCUUUGGUUCUAUGUUAUUGUCUAAAUCUUAUGGUUUAUUGAAAGAAUCUGUACAACAAAAGCAACAACUAUAUAUGCAACAAGCCAGAAUGAGAGCUUUACAACAGCAACAAUUGGCAAAUAAACAACAAGCUCAAGCUGAACAACAAGCUCAAAUUCAACAAUUGCAACAACAAAAAGAUCAACAACCACUGCCACAGGGACCAGUUAAACAGAAGCUGAAUAAUCAAACCCCUCGUCUGGGACAAAAACAACGACCAAUAUCUCCAAGUGCAUCCAGACCAGUUUCCAAUAAUGGUCCAAAUAAAUCAUCUCCUUCAGUCAGUCAAACACCAUCUCAAACCAGUUCAAAUUCAACUCGUCCUCAUUCGGUUAAUAAUAAUAAUUUGACAAAUAGAAAAAUACCAAUUGCUACUCCAAAAGAAGCCAAUCCGGUGGGUUAA